CUGCAAUCAUCCACCUUCAAGAUUCCCGUUUCCGGGCAAUCUUCUACAACAACGAACCCGUCCGUUGCGCUUUUCUCCGGCGAUAGCGAGACAUGUCAGCGACUCACAUACGUCUCAAUGACGCGGAUGAGGGUUAUGAAGAAUUCUGCUUAAUGCCAGCUUCGGCGAAAUCACUGCCGGUCCACAUUUCUGAAUGGUCAGAGGAGCAGAAAGCAGAAUUUGCCUUCCAGUUGCUUCUCACCGUCUCAACACCAACUCUCGCUAACGUCACGACAAGACUGGCGCCCCUGUUGCAGCGAGACUUUCUAAGUGCGCUACCUAGAGAGCUUGCCGAGCAGAUAUUGAGUUAUGUUGACAUACGGACAAUAAGCCGGGUAGCACAAGUAUCCAAAAAAUGGAAGGAUGUGGCCUACGAUAACUCUGUCUGGCACAAUCUUUACCGAAGGAGUGGUUGGGAUAUUAGUCCUUAUGCUAUGUCCGAAAUAAUCAAAGAGGCGAAUGAUCCUGUGUAUAGAAAGGAGAAGCGAAAGAGGAGGAAAGCGUACGUGGCUGCUGCUUUAGAGGCGGAGUAUGGGCCCUACCGGCCAAAUAGGAGAAGAAAUCGGGCUAGAGAUUCAGGAAUCGCCGAAGCUGCAAGGACAAUAGAAACUGGAUCGACCAGCGCUACUUCUGACGCAACUGUUCACUCUUUCGGAACGUCUUAUUCCAGCACCGGUUCCUCUGCCGAGCAGUGGCAUACUGGAGAGGAUGAGCCCAUGUUCGCGGCGUCAGCAAGCCCAAUAGAAUCAUCGACAUCGGACACAACGGCUAUCGAUGUCCCUCCCUCGGCACAUAGAGUUGAUCAGGAAUCUCUGGUUGAGCGCGCAGUUAAACGGAGUCGAUCGCAAACUCUUACGCAUUCAAAGCCGAAGCAGAAAGGAAAAGGAAGAAGCGCGGAGACAGAAGCCGCUUCAUCAAAACACCUUAUAGACUGGCGGCAUGUUUACCAUCAAAGGGUUUUGUUAGAGAAGAACUGGAUGACGAUGAGAUAUAAUACUCGAACGUUUACUGGGCAUAAGGAGGCAGUUUAUUGCUUGCAGUUUGAUGACGACAAAAUCGUGUCGGGCUCACGAGACGAUACCAUCAAAAUCUGGGAUAUGAUAAGCGGCAAUUGCACAGCUACCCUGUACGGGCACAAAGGCUCGGUGCUGUGCUUACAAUACGACGAAACCCGCAUUGUGUCCGGUUCAUCGGACGCCACCAUUCUGAUUUGGGAUCUUGCCACUGGAAGAAUCUUGAGAUCGCUCGAGGGUCAUUGUGAAUCGGUUUUGAAUUUACGCUUUGAGGGCGAUCGCAUAGUGUCAUGCAGUAAGGACACGACGGUGCGAGUGUGGGACCUCAACACUGGAGAGCUGAUUCAUACGAUGCGGGGACACCGGGCUGCGGUGAAUGCUGUGCAAUUCAGGAAAGGAACUGUAGUAUCUGCGUCUGGAGACCGACAAAUCAAAGUCUGGGAUGUGAAAACUGGACAACAGACAAAGAAUCUUGUUGGACAUACUCGUGGCAUCGCGUGCAUUCAAUUCGACGGGGAUACUAUUGUUUCUGGGUCGUCAGACAGCACCAUAAAAGUCUGGGAUGUGCACUCUGGGACACUCCUUAGAACGAUCACAGGACACACAUCGUUAGUGCGAACCCUUCAAUUCGAUUCUCGGCGAAUUGUAUCCGGAUCAUAUGACGAAACUCUGAAGGUUUGGGACCUGCAUACUGGGGCGUUGCUGUUGGAUCUGAAGGAAGGAGGUCACUCCAGUCGCGUGUUCAAGCUGCUUUUCAAUGAUACAAAGAUUGUAAGCUGUAGCCAGGACCAGCGAAUCAUUGUGUGGGAUUUCUCAAUCGGUUUAGAUACCCAAUACUUUGUAUGAAUGAUAGGCUGAUGAAAUUCUGAUCAAGAAUCGUAGAAGGUGGUAAUUUUUGUACUAUGUAGUUCCUUUUUCUAAUUGUAAAUAGGUGAUUGUAUGGCUGCUUACCAAGCAUUAUGUUAAUGACCACGGCUUACUAAGCGUCGGUCUUUUGAC